AUGAUAGACGUCCGACCUUCAGCGAUACCUCCAUCGUCUGCUGCUAGGAACACCAAGAGUUAUUCACUUCCAUUCACCAGCAACAGCACCAUCAAGUCCGGAUUGGACGUCUAUGCCAGCGUUGGUGGCGGUCGGACUUUCCACUUCACAGUCGAUACAGGGUCGACCGGACUCAUGAUCGCGGCGUGCGACCUUCGAGGGACUACAUACCAUGAGACUAGGAAGCCCUUCACCUUUGUUUGCUCCGGAAACGGCUCGCGAUACGAGGGUCAUUGGGUUUGCGCCAAAAUAUCUUUCCAUUCCGCCGACGGAGACCCAGUGGCUAUCGCUACAACUCGCUCGAUGUUCAUCCGCGUGGUGGAACGAUGCCGCGCGAACGACAUCUCAACUUGGAACUACCACCCUUCAGUAUAUAUUCUUGGCGCCGGGUUCGGCCUAGACUCAACGGGGAAGGACCCGGAUGGCAACGACAUCCCGACGCAUAUCAAUCCGUUCCUAUUGAUUGAUGACUAUAGUCUUCAACUUGGGUAUAUCCUAAACAUGCGCGAUAACCACGUGGAGCUCGGCAUCACGGACCAGAACUCGAAGGAGUUCCAAUGCGUGGAGCUGAAGCCCGACCCCACUCGAGCUGGGGAUUACAUUGCACCCACGGUCAGCGUCCAGGUUCGAAAGGAUAUCGCACUGGCGGCCACGUCCCUGCUGAUAGAUACCGGGCGCGGAGACGCCGUAGUUGAAACCCAGUAUGGCAAUUCCCCAGCGACUCUAAAGGAGAGUGACGUCGUCGAGGCUGGUCAAAAGGUCGCUAUAACUGCACCGUGGUUGUCGGAUCCGCUAUACGCGUUUACAGUGGGGGACCAGUCAUCUGAAGGUCAUUUAGCGCCAAAUAUGGUCUACUGGCGCCAAUAUCGACAACCGUUCAUCAACAUCAGCAGGCAUGUGUUGACGGGCUUUGCCUACCUUUUUCGAGCGUGCGGGCCGAAGAAGGGCCAGCUUGGAUUUCGCUUUCAUUCCAACGGCAGCUCAGAAGUUCCGAAGCUAGGCUCUAUGGAACAUGACCUCUUCAUCGCGACCAGUAUCGGUGGUUCUGGGCCAACGGACUUUAUGAUUGACACUGGUUCGACCGGUAUCGUGGUCGGGGAGGUCUGCUUGCAACCGGGAGACUACGUCCGCACGGGCAAGCCUUUCGAGCUCGUGUAUACCAGCAGCGGACGCGUGUAUCAGGGCGAAUGGGUUCGUGCCCGCGUGAACUUCACAUCGCCACCCGACGUUCAGCCUGCCGUGAAGGCGAGGACGAAGCCGAUGAUGAUUCGCCUGUGCAAGUGGGACACCGUGGCGCCGAAAGACACUGCCGGGAACGACGUCUAUCCCUUUCUCGACAUCAACACAUUCCUGGCACUAGAAGACGUGGGCGCGGGCAAUGCCGACGCGGGAUUCAUCCUGAGUGUGAAGGAUCGAUACGUCGAUCUUGGAAUCGUAUCCGAUAACAUGGAGGGAUUUAGCCUCGUCGAUCUAGCUCCCCGUCCCGAGCGCGAAGGUGAUUACGUUGCGCCAAAUGUAUCCUUCGCCGUGCCCUCCUCGAACAUCCAGGUGGACGGAGUAUCUUUGCUCAUGGACAGCGGCCUCGGAUAUGCCAUCAUCGAGGUCUCAUUCGGCGUGUCGCCGCCUUUGGACUCAAAUACCAACGCAUCGCAGUCGAAAGGGAAAGUAAUUGUGGGGGAGAGGAUUGUCGUGACCGUGCCCGGACUGCCCCAACCGCUCUAUUCGUUCACGGUGGUCGACAAAAAGAAGGAUCCGUCACCGUCAACAAACGCUCCGGAUUCGGUGAAGUGGAUGCAGCGCCCCCUUAACACCCUCAUUACGGGGAGACACGCGCUCAGCGGCUUUGACUAUCUUUUCGAGGCUACGGGCAAAGGCAAGGGUAGACUGGGUAUACGGUUCAGGGCUUCCUCUAAGGAUGACUGUUCCCGUCAUGAAUCAUGA